CUUCACUCUCCACACAUCUGGAUACUGCAAACUUGGCGUCCGUCUGCAAAAAAGUGCCAUCAGUCUUUCAGUAAAGUGUGGGAAUUGAAUGAGAUACAUUGCAGCAACUCAACGCCAUGUGAAGAAGCUCCCUCUUUGACUCCUGCAGUCAUAUAUCAGAUUGCAAACAUCUUUUCUAAUGUGGUGACUCUUCAGCAAAGCCCAAAGUCAGGACCACCCGACUCAGUUUCAGAGUUGAGGCUUCAACAAAGAACUGAGAUGAAGCCUAAGAGUCUGGAGACACCUGAUAACGGUGUGGAGUAUAUAGUGGUUGAAGAUGAUACAGACAUGGAAAGUGACAGUGAGGAGGAUUCUUCAAGCUCUGAAUCUGAUGAUGAAGAUGAGCCACUCUCCGAACAUAGUAACUUGUGUCCCAAUGAUCCAGAUUUGGACGAUGACUCAAGUUCAACUGAUUGUUCCAGUGACUCUUCAAAUAGUCUGCACUCAAAAGAAACUGCGGCACCCCCUCCUAAUGUUAAUAGUUCGAUAUGUGCAGCCUGUGGUAGAGGGCCCUUUAGGUCAAUGAAGCUCCAUUUGCUGCACUGUAGUGGUAUCAAGGUGAAAUAUGAGUGUUCACUGUGCAAGAAGCUCUUUGUAACGGAGGGGGCUCGUAAUGAACACUACAUGCCUUUGUAUUCAUGUAACAUCUGUGACCAAGUUUUUUCUCACGAGAGCUCGUACCAUCACCACCAGUGUCCCAAGGAAAGCAAGCCACCUUUGGUCUUCUUUUGUUCAGAGACGAUGCCUAAAGCAUGUAACAUAUGCAAAUCCUUUUUCACUUCAGAGAAAACUUUGUUAAACCACAUCAACAGAGUUCACACAUCAGUGGUCAGCACUAAAAUAUGCAUUAUUACCGAUCCAUCAGCACUGACCAAUAAAAAGGUUUCACCAUCUCUCCGUGGCACAGCGGCCCAGUCAGCCAUCACUACAAAUGUAGUCAACCGGGUCUGUAAUGGAAAGCUCCGCGUCGGCCAACCUUCUGCGGGGUCACUCUCCACUUUUGCAAAAACUAGCCCUUCCUCUUUCUCGACCUCACGCAGACUUCCUUCCCGAUUACUCGUGGCAUCUGCUGCUUCACCUGUCAGACUGGAGGAAGACGAUGCCCUAGGUGAGCCAACCAACCAGCCUCCAACUUGCCUCUCUGCCCCCGCUGAGACAACUCCAGCCACUGCAACCUCUGACCCCGACUCCCCACCAGCACCCACUAUCAUGGCCAUGUUUGAGAACGACAGCCAAGAUGUGGCUUUGAUGAAACGCAUGAACACAGGCUGGCGCUCCAAGGUCCCUUACUCCUGCAGGCAGUGUGGUGCCAUCUUGAGGCAGCCCUCCUUCAUCAUCAGCCACCGCUACCUCCACAGAGGCUACCGCUCUCAUCGGUGCCAGUGUGGGCGAGCUUUUAGGCACCGGCUGCAUCUCCUGCGACAUUGUGUUGAGCAUGCUGAGGCCAUGAGCUACAUCUGCGUCAGUUGUGGGGAGACUUUCAUUGGAGCGAGACUCUUAGCUGAGCACAUGAAAGGCAAACCACAGAAUAAGUCCCAUCAUUCUGGGCAUACAUGGAAACAUGAAGAUAAAAGAAAGUGCAGAAUGGCCUUUACAUGUGACUGUGGACAACUCUUUUUAAGGCCCUCUGCUUACAUAUGGCAUCAACUUCAAAACUGGACAAAAACUACACAAUUGAAAAAGCCCUUGAGCUGACAAACCAUCAACACAUGUCUGGUUUACUCCGUUUUUAGGUUCUCUUCUCCAACUUUGUGUACCACACUUUGUAAAACAAAGUGUUACAAUAAAAUUGACAUUUUGUACGGCCUCUGAUUGCCCCCGUUCUGUUUAAAGUGUCAAAGCAAAAUCACAUACACGUUCUUUUUAAUGGCUCUUUAAUUAUAAGCAUGUUCUGGAUGGUUAACAUGUUCUCACCAUGUGCAAAUGAUACAUAGUAAACGGUAAGAAUAAGUUCCUCAGAAGCUCUUUUGACAACCUACUGAAGUACAAAGGCAGUAAACCCACAAGGCUGUUUUUUCAGUAUUGUGAUUAAGUUAAAAAAAAAACACCAAAACUCCAGUUCAUCCUCCAGAGGAAGAGUUCAGUCCAGUUUUGCUUAUUAUUCUGAAAGUGCAUUUUUUUACAGUGAGGGGUGUGAAUGGGGGGUUUCUUGGUCCUCGUGUGUUCUGUUUUUCAGAUUUUUUUAUUUCAGCUUAAACUAAUACAAAUGUCAUCCUCUUCUGAGACAUCAAUAUCCUGGUUGAAAAUAGCAAAUAACCUUUUUUAAAUGAUUGUUUUGACUCUCCACAAUAUCACGGUUAACUUUUUUCAUGUCCACUUGGUGGAGCUGUUGAGUUGCUAACGGUUGAUCUUCCAAUACAACUUGAACAAGUCGGAUUAUUCUGAGAACAGGUGUAGACUGCAGAUGAACAUCACAACCCUCAAUGUGGACAUUAAUCUAUGAGUUCUAGUUUAUUUAUGUUAAGAUGUCUAGCACUUUACAAAUUGAAAUAAAGGUUGUUUUUGACUUGAA